GUUGAGUUUUGCUACAGAUUUCUUACGGUCCAUGCACGAGUGCAGUGUUUUUGUGAGAAUCUUUUCACUGUGAGGAAGAUAGCUUCAGAACAAGCCGCAGUCCGUCCGGGUUCACCCGGUUGACAUCAUUUUCUUUCCGUGGACCAUGAGCUAGCCGUGGUUACAGUACGAAUAUCGGUUUCUGAAUUCCAAUAUUUUGUAAUACAAUGUAAAAUUGUUCUUAAAAAUAGAACUUGAGUAAUAGCGAAACUUUUCAAAUUAAUUUCCAUUCAGUCAGGCCCGGCGUAGACAGUGCUUCGCUAGUUAUAUCAUUAUAGCCAAUAUAGGUGUAAUAUUGGCUAGUGUUGCUACCACGGGCGGACCACAUGGCGCCCGUCUUGCUGUGUUUCUUACUGGGCAUCAUCGGGGUAUGUCUAGCAGUUCUCUUGCCCAUUCUUCUCGACUUGUUACUGAGCAUUCUGGAAUUCUUCGGAUUUCAGCCAUGGCGUUCUCUGCACGUUUCACGUCUAAUGCUGCGGCUGAACACAAUCAGCGACAAGGCCGAGUACUUGAUCAUGCUCCUGGUGUUCUUCUUCAUCACAAUGCCAAUCUACUUCCAUUUCUUCGACGUCAUGCCGUUCUUCCUGGCCCAUUACCCUGAAGACGCUCUGCUGCCGGAGUCCGUUUAUUUUGUACUCUUCCAUGCUAUCCCAUCCGUCUUCUUGAAUGGGAAUAUGCUGUUCCACUUUUACAAAAUUGUGUCUGUGCCACCUGGCACCACGGUGGACAAGGGCCGAUUUUCAGCGGAAGUAGUAGAUGGUGGUGGAAGGGCUCCGUCUCACACUGAAGCAUCGCAGGCUCUGGGGAGUGCUGGGGGUAAAGUGUGUGACACGUGCAAGAGACCUAAGCCACCGCGUGCCAAACACUGCCACACAUGCAACAAGUGUGUGCUGCGACAUGACCACCAUUGUGUAUUUGCUGCCAACUGCAUCGGCCUCAACAAUGUCCACCACUUCUUCUUGUUCUCCUUCUUCUGUGCAUCGAGCGCCCUAUAUGCAGUUUACAUCGCCAUUCGUCCUUACAUAGAAUGUAGCCUGAAGAGAGAUAACGAGGGACACUUGCCGUUAGCAGAUAUGGAAGAACUGUGCGCGGAGCAUGAUCAUCAUAAAAUUCUCUUAGCUCUUGCUCUGCUCUCAUCACUGGUGCUCUGUAGCUUGUUCACGAUUGUCCUCUACCUAGCUCUGACCGGAGAGACGAUGCAUGAAUUUUUACGGCGCGUACGUGGCAGGAAGCGGAAAAUUGCGGAUGCUGGCGGCGCUGAAGGAAGUGUUCCUCUCCGCAUGGUUGGCGAUGGAGGUGGUGUUGAUGCAUUAGAGAGUGGAGAGCUUGAUGCACAAGAACAACUCUAUCGAUCACAGACCAGGAGUAGGAGCUGGAAGACCAACAUGGAGUUCCUCUUUGGUCCCAUGGUCAACUGGUGGAGGUGGUUCAUACCCAUCACACCACUUCAUCGCUCACCCAGGAAAGUUUCUUGAGCAGGGCACAACUGUCCACUAUGAUCCACGGGCUGGUAGAACUCUACCAAUACAAACACCAGCAUGUGUUCAUCCAGUGCUGCUUCUGCUGCUACGACACUGCUCACAUUACAGAGGAGGUUUGUAUGAUUUUCUGUUGACUUGCUACCUGGGCGUGUGACGAGAUGGCAUGCGUGGCUUUACUUUACUGAUGCCAUGGUGCUGUGCGCAUUGGUGUGGCAGAUGAGACUCGGAUCAGUCUCUGCACACCCGGCAGCUGCAAGUAGCCUGGGAAGCAGCUGACCUGCAGUGCUCUUCUUGCAUCUCAGUCUCUAUAACCGCUACGGUGUGUUGUUGUGAAUCCUGGAUAGUCUUCUUUUCUAGAUACCCUCUGAACACUGCUACAGUCGCUCACGACACUGUUACAGUGGCUGGUUACAAUUUUAUUAGGCAUGGUCACGUGACUGGUAUAGCUGAGGGCUGGCUCCCAAUGCAUACAUGUACAUUUAUUUCUACAAGUUUCAAUCAGAUUAUUAAAAUACCAUAAUUAUUGUACACAUAUUGCAGGACAUUUCAAUAGCUUGAAAACAGCUCUUGUUCUGUUGACAUGCAAAUCCGUGCUAUUUCCCAAUUCGUCCCGUUCAA